AUGCGUCUCCACCUUGUUAUCUCGCGCCAUGGCCUGCCGGCCACGCGCAUUCUCUGGACGACGACUUCUUCUACUUCCGUGUUGGGCGAAUAUGGUACAUCACGCGCGGCCUCCGCGGCCGCUGUCGCAUCUUCUCGCACCCCCAACAUCGCGUUUUCAAAUGGAGGAUACACGGUUGCUCAGCUGCUUGAGGAUGUGAACGAGGUUGUUCCGCUAGAGACAGAGCCUAAUGUGUUUGAUGCGGAGUUCAGCGGCCAAUGGGGACUGGAAGAUUAUGUUGUUGAGGUUGCUGGCUCGGAGUGUCUACACUUUAUGGAGGUUGAAGGCCUCUUACGCGAUGGAGAUGAAGUUGUUAUCCGCGCGCUUCAGCUCGCAGACCUUCGGGCACGACGUCUAUGUGGUCGUCUUCAAAUCGCAUCCGACGGCAAGCAUCUAGUCGAUGGCGUGCCGUUCGGCUCACCUUUCUUGAAGAGAACUACUUCUACACGCCCUGCCAUUACUAUCCCUCCAAGAAAGAAGCGUCGCACAGUCUUUUCUGGCUGGGACCAUGUCCCAGAAAUCCAGAAUGACCAGGCAGAUGCCGAUGAGGAAGGAGAUGGAGACUGGUUGCCACCCACUGACACCGGGUUUGGAAAGGAGCUUUCUAUUAUACCCACCGAACACGAAGAAUCCAUGGGAACUGUGAUCCGUCACCCUAUUGAUCACACCGCAGAGACGGGCAGUGAAGCAGUAUCUGAGCUCGAAGAAGACGAAUUGGAGAGCGAACUCCAAGCCUUGAAAGAAGACUUCGAAGAGCCCUCUCAAUUCGUUGAUAUCAGGAACCAGACUCGUGCUAGUGGCAACCCGCUACGUGCUGCAUCCACAACCAAGCGGCCGACCUCGUCAGAUAGCGUUCACAAAGGGUCAAUAAUCGCUCCUUCGUCGCUUUCCAGCAAGCGAUCCCGCGCAGAUGACUCGUCUCCAAGAACCUCGAAAGCAGUGAGGUUCAACAAGGGCGAAAACUUGCCUGGUAUCCCGCAACAAAUGCCCGAGACUAUCUCCCUUUCAUCUGGCUCUGACUCCGACUCCGACUCUGACUCUGACUCUGACUCUGACUCCGUAUCGUCGGACAGUGGAUCCGAUGAUUCGUCUUCCGAUGAGGAACCAUCCAAGCCCGUCGCACAGCCGAGUGCCUCAUCUGAUGUGGAUUCAUCAUCGGAAUCAUCAGAUUCAAGUUCGGAUUCGGAUUCGGAUUCCGACGCAGAAGAGGAAGAGAAAGAAGAAGUUUCUCAACCUGAAAAGAUUCAGCCACCACCUGUAGCCGGCCCACCAUUCCAAGGAUCCCUCCGUACCAAGAAGAGCAACAAUCGCUUUAAACUUCGCCGUCGCCUAUCCAAAUUGAAGCAGAUGGGAGCUUUACACCAAGAUGCAAACUUCGAGGAGCUUCGGGAAUGGGAAGAAGAGAAUGGUGGCUGGUAUGUUCCAAAUCCUGUUGACGUACCACAACCCACUCAAUCUCUCGAGGAGUCCAAGAAACAAAGAAAAGAAGAAGAAAGGCGAGACUUCGAAGCUAAGCGCCAGAAACUUCUAAGAGAUCUCGCGUCUGGCAAUGGAAUUAACGUGGAAGAAACCUCAGAGAAGGAGAAUGUCCCUCCGUGCCCGCCAACUCGUGCAUCGGAUGUUGCAGCCUCAGUGGGUGUCGCAACAGAAGCCGAAGAAGAGCCGGAGAAAGCAUCAAGUCGACGUAGCCUUGAUAUUGCCAGCUCACGGCGCAUGCUCUUUGGCUCUCUUGGAAUGCGAACCCCGAAAACCAAGAAAGAUGAAGAAGAAACGCGGAGAAGACUUGCUGCCAAAUUCAGUGCAAUGGGCAAGAAACCAACACUAGCCCAGGAAGAGACCGAAGAGAUGGAAGUCGACGAGGAUGAAUCCGACGGCGACUGGCAAAACAAGCUCGUUAUCCGUGCUGUUGAAUGUGUCUAUCCCGAAAUUGAGUUGACUGCUCCUCCUUAUCCGUUCGUCCAGCGCUGGGAUCAGGAUGCCAAUGCGUUGAUCCGCCGGGCCAAAGGCGGGAGCAAAAAGCGGAAGAGAAAGCAACGGGCUCAAGUCUACGAAGAGGAAGAGUACGAGGAGGGAAAUGAAGAUCACCAAGGAUAUGAAGGCUACGACGUAUACUACCAAGGCGGAAACGACAGUUACUGGCCAGGUGAAGGCGACGGCGAUGAUCAACUCAACUAUGAUGACGCUGAAGCCGAGCCAGCUGAGACCGCCGAUUUCCAUGAGGAUCUUCCCGUACUCCCCAAUGACGUGAACACUGUUCCCGUUUUGAAUGAGAAAGAGCUGAAGAAGGGGGCAAUUAUUGCUUUCCGGCAACUGGAAAUGUCCAAGGGUACAAACUGGCAGCCCAGGAUGUCCGAGUACCGAGUGGCAGAAGUGAUUGAAUCUCCCAACAAGGAUGGCACCAUUUCCGUACGACUGGCAAAGCGAGACUGUCGACCGGCACCGGAGUUGUCAGAGGAUGACGAGCCCCGUCAAUACGACAAAUUUGAAAUGCCAGGCUUCGAAGACGAAGGGGAGGACGAUGGGCAUCGCGAGGUCACAUUUGCAGAACUCAACUAUCCAAAGCUUCUACAGGCGGCAACACAGUCGGACGUCCAACUUGGAAAUCAGAAUGCUCGAGAGGGUAGCAUUGUCUCUGUAGUAGCAGAAUCAAUGCCGAAUGGCCAAGCUCUGCCGGCUGACAUGGACGUUGACAUUGACGUUGACGAGACCACGUUCUUAACCAUCGGGAACGAAGUCAGCCAUCUUCAAUCGCCUCGUCAAUCUCCUAGAAUUCCCGUCGAGGAAUCAGCUAUGGAAACCAUUGAAGAAGUGACUGUGCCCCAGAUCCAGGUCGAGAACGGAUCAGAGGAUCGCAGCGUCACUCCUCCGAUCCCAUCUCCUUCGUUCACUGGAUUCCACUCUGCUCGUUCUUGGCAGCCAGCAACUCCAGGGUUGACUACUACGGCUGAUGGCAAUCUGGAGGGCCAUACUCUUGUCGGAGGUGAAACGCCGUCUGCGAUAGCCAAUCCUGAAGAAGAUCCUUCUUAUUUGUCGUUCUUGUCGGCCAAUCAGUCUUUCGAGGAUACCUCUAUGAAUUUAGAGCAACCGGCGGAGCAGGAACAAGAGCAGGAGCAGGAUCGCCAGAUUGUCAUUGAUCACCUUAUGCCACCUGCCGAGUCUGGAGGGAGUGGUCCUCAAUCUGGAUCCCUUCUUUCUACCAUUGGCAUGAGUGGUGAUAGUGCGAGUCUUGAGGAUCAUGGUCUUGCUCCGCCUAGCUCCGUGCGCUCGUGGAAAGAUCUUUUGAAUGAGUUGGGGAAGAGCCCGCUGAAUUCAGGAGAUGAGGAUGGGAACGAAGACGAGCACAAUAAUGAAGAUCCUGAGUUACCUGAGGAAGAGGAAGAGAAUGGAAAUGAAGAUCAAGGCACUCCAUUGCCCAAGGGAAACUAUGGAACAGAUGGGAGUAGCGAUCGAGUGCAAGAUAGCAUGGAUCCCACUAACCUCGCGCUUGACCUUGGUCAAUCUCCAUCACCAUCCUGGUCGAGCUCUUCCAAAAUAAUAUCCUGGCACAGUUCUCCGAAAGUACCACCUAGUGCCCAAAAGGAAGCUCAACCAAAGCCACAGCCAACCCCUCCAUCUCUCGAAACCGAACCCCCAGCCGCCUCGACACGUCUGAAACUAUCCCAGAGAACCCGGGAAUCUCUCUCGGCAUCCCAAAUCCCUGCCUCUCAAAUGUCCGAAGUGAUCGACCUCACCUCUAGCACCAAUGCAACUCCCGAGCAUCGGCCUCAGUCCGAAGCCGAGCCAGAGACCUCUGAUGCACAGUCUCAAUCCCAAUCCCAGUCCCAGUCUCGCUCCAAAUCCGAACGGUUCAAAAAACCCAAAAGCGAAAUUACUGGGUCCCAAGGUCGGAACACCAGAGCUUCUACUGGAACGGGUCGACUGCAGCAGAUGACAGAAGUGAGCAUUAGCCCUUCUAGCCAGAAGCGACGGAAGCCAUUGCGGAAAUUCUAG